UUGGUCUGCUGAGUGGACUAAAGAUGGGGGAGCAAGGUGGUUGGCUGGAGGCUAACAGAGAAGACUGGGUGACCAUCUUGGAUUCCCAGAACGGUGCAGCCAAUGACCUAGGGGACAACAUCACUGAGCAGGCCAGGACUAGAGGCGACAUAGUGGAGGUCAGUGGAUGGGACAGCGUCCUCAACUCUGGGCUGGGAAUCAACACUGUUAACCAGAAACAAACAGUCGAACAUAAAACAACAACUGAACUCCAUGAUAACAGACUGGCUGAGAUCAGGGCGAGGCGUAGAGUUGGUCUGCGCGGACGGGGAGGUGUCCAUAUGCAGCUAGAGAGAACAGACAAUGAUUCGGCUAGCGAUUCUCCAUCCUGCUCCUAUAGUUGUGAUUCAGAGAGACUGAUGGCGCCUCAGGUUACCCCCCCAACAGGUGCUGCCUUCAGCCUGCCUUCUAUAGGAUCUAUCAACUGGAACAUGGACCCUGUGACAACACAGACACUCCCUGGCCUUCAUCCUCCUCACAAUCUCCUUAUGUUAAACCAGACCUCAGACAAUGCCAGUGCCUCAACACUAAAUGGCUACACAAGCCCAUUGACACAUUACCGUAGUAGAGACGGAAUCAGUAAAGGAGGCAGCGCCAAAGAGAAGCGCUUCCCGUGUUCGUUCUGUGGGAAAGCCUUCAGUUUCCCCCAACAGGUGGAGAUCCACCAGAGGAUACACACGGGGGAGAAACCGCACACGGGGGAGAAACAGUUCGGCUGCCACCUGUGCCGUGCUCGUUUUUCCCGAUCGUCCCACCUGAAGAGGCACCAGAGGGUCCACACAGGGGAGAAACCCUACAGCUGCCCCCAGUGUGAGAAGAGAUUCUCCCACCAGCACCAGCUAAAGAUGCACCUGAAGAUCCACACGGGAGAGAGGCCGUUCGCCUGUAUACACUGCGAGAAGAGGUUCUCAGAGAGAAGCUACCUCAGGAUACACCAGCAGAAAAUGCACAGGGACCAUGUAUAGUAACAUGUAAUGUAGUACUAGGUAGGUUGUAGUUAAUCCUGUUGGUUUUGGAUAUAGAGGGAACUGGGGAAAGAAUGAGUAUGAUGAGGCAGAGUAGAUGAAAUGGUGAUGGUUGGUGUGAUGGUGUCUGUAAAAAUGCUUCACUGAUGAUAAGUGACAACCUUGUCCUGUUGUUUGAUGCUGGUGUUUUAUAAUGGAGGAAGUUAUAGUGCCUUAAUUCAUGUUUACUUGGCAAACUAGUGAAGCUGUGUGUAAUCUAAUGUUGGACCUUUUCCAAAGUAUUCUAAAAUUAAUUUUAUCAAAGCGAGGGUAUCAGAUUUACAGAAAAUGUAAAGUAUUACCAUAGUGAGAAGUUAUUCUAAUUGUCACGUAUUGUUGUGCAAUAAAAUUACUUUACUU